AUGGUGCACAUCGUUUUGUUGAUCGCUAACCGGUUUGAUUCUUCAGCUGUGCCAUCCGGGCAGCAGGACUGUCCUUCAUUCAAGUGCUUACACCAAGCAGCAUCAUUAUAUCACUCCGCUACCUUCAACCAACACAUAGCACUCAUACACUCGACAAACCGUAGCAUCACAAAAUCGAAGCGAACAAAAUAUACUAUGAGAAUCCAACCGCGCAUUUCAAUCCUCGAUUUCCCAGCUGAAAUCCGUAAUCGGAUCUACCACUUCGUGUUCGUGCGCGAAAGCAUCAGAUUCAGAGUCAAGGGCCCUGCCGUUGGGGAGUGGGAUACCGAUGAAUAUGGCGACAAGAGCAAUUUCCGAGAAACUGUCAGAACCAACGCGCCGCCGCUAUAUCUCAGUCUGCUGAGGACAUGUCGCCAGAUCUACCAGGAAGCGCGCCUCGUGCCUCUCGCGGGGAACGUUUUAGACAUCAAUGACGCUACCGUGUUGGCUUCGCUGGAUCUGCUUUCUCUGGAUCAGAAAGCGGCUGUGGCUACGGUUCUUGCGCCUGUUAGUCUCGAUGCAGGGACGGGCGAUAUGAUUCCCAAUCGCACCGAGCAAUCUCUCACGCUCUUGGAACUCGUGAAGCGCUACAGCGCUAUCUUUCCCAACCUGCUUAACCUUGUGGUCGAGAGACAUUUCAGGGUCGUUUGCUAUGACGGUUCUGUAGAUGCGUGGGAAGAUUACUGCUUAACUAAUGGUUUACCGGACUUUGGCUACUCUGCUUCUCCAGAGGAUUUCAAAGCUUUUCUCCGAGAGCGUCACGAUGCCACGGCUCGGCGAAUCACUGAGACUGCGUUUAAGAACAAACCGAUGAUGAUGGAGUGGCCGGACUUGGAGGUCCAUUACAUGGAGCAUUACGACUGGGAAGGUCCAGAUCUGGUGGAAGACAUCGGGUUUAUGGAACGCUUGAAGAUGAAUCUCGAGACGUGCUUUUGCUAUAGAUGCCACGUCACGCGGGUGAAUUGGCGCGAGGAUUACACAUAUGAUGAUAAAUGCGUGUACACUUCGGAGCCGAGUUCUUAUCCUUACUACAUUGGCGAGCUUGAUUUGGGGUAUAAGUGA